UUUGCUUAGUGUUUAAGAUAACUCUACAAGGGAUAGUUUAUAAUCUGGUGAGCUGUGAAUCAAACCGAGUUUACUACAUUGGUCAGGUGUAUCAGUGUUUGUGGAGAUGCAGGAAAGCAGCCGUGUGACUGAGUAUCAGCAGUUGUGGGAGAAGUGGACCACCCAGUUUAACUGCAUUUAUGAUGACCCCAAGGUGGCACAUCUGAUGAAGACAAGAAUUGGGCAGUACCUCAGUGGCCACCCUUUCUUAGCUCUGACAGUGUUAUUGUUCAGUAUAAUGGCAGCACUUCCUGUUGGACUUUUCCUCACUUUUGCUCUUGUUACCAUUGUAGUCACAGCAGUGGCUUUUGUCUUUUUUGAGGUGUUCCUGUUGUUUGUCGGGGGAUUGUGUCUGCUGUGCGUGCUCUCUGGCCUCGUCUUCUUCUCCGUCCUGGUUUCAUCCAUCUUUAACGUUUCAUACAUCACCAUCUCUAACACCCUCAACUAUUAUAACACCCGUCUGACAAAGGGAGGUAAAGUCUGCGGGAAGGAAAAGGGGAGGGAAAGUUCAACAGCGAAGGAAACAGAGUAGCUCAUUUUAUCUUCUAAAUUAUCACUACUGAAGCUUCAGGAUUCAGAGAUACAGACCCUUGAAUGUAUGGAGGCAGCUUGAAUCUGGGAUCUGCUGAUGCUGCCUUGAUGUUACUGUAUGUUUGAAUACUAUUGCUAGAUCAUUUUCUCUAAUGCAUUAGAACUUUACAUGAAAUGCCAUUAUUUAUAUAUAUGAUCAGCAAAAGCAUGGUACAACUAAUCUAUCAAUUGCCUUAUUACAGGAGACAUGACUUAUGCAGGUAAAAUAAUGUAUGUCUGAAUAUGAGGAAUGGGAAUAUGAGUUAUCGGAACCAAAGAUUUACUAGAAGAAAAGUGGAAAUGUUGAAUCAAAGCUGAACACUAUACUACAAUAUGCAAGCCUAAAAAUACCUUGUAUAUGUUGUGUAUGCACAUUAGGCAAUGAGAAUGCACUACGACACAACUGUUACAUGUUUAUAUCUGCUGUUACCUCGAAAGAUUGAAAUGUUGCUUAUUUAUAAUGCAGCUAUGAAUAAAA